UCGACACCUAGCAUACCACCCGCGCGGUCUUGGCGGCCGUCCCUCGCCGUCAUCUCCAACUGGGGCGGCGCCUACACCGUCGUCGACCUCUGCCCCGCCGCUCCGUUUCCGUGCUCGGGCUCGUCUCGGCUCCUCCUCGCCAUGGGCAAGGCCUCAAAAGACAAGCGGGACAUCUACUACCGGAAGGCCAAGGAGGAAGGAUGGAGAGCUCGCAGCGCCUUCAAGCUCCUCCAGAUCGACCAGGAGUUCAACAUCUUUCACGGAGUGAAACGUGUCGUUGAUUUGUGCGCUGCUCCUGGGAGCUGGAGCCAGGUUUUGAGCCGAAAUUUGUAUUUACCAGCAAAGCUAUCAUCUGAUUGCAAAGAUGGUGGCCUCCCUCUCAUUGUUGCAAUCGAUUUGCAACCUAUGGCCCCAAUUGAAGGGGUUAUACAAGUCCAGGGUGACAUCACUAAUGCUCGAACAGCGGAAGUGGUUAUUAGACAUUUUGAUGGAUGCAAAGCAGACUUGGUUGUCUGUGAUGGCGCCCCUGAUGUUACCGGCCUUCAUGAUAUGGACGAAUUUGUUCAGUCCCAGCUUAUAUUGGCGGCACUGACAAUUGUGACUCAUGUACUCAAAGUUGGUGGAAAAUUUGUUGCCAAGAUUUUUCGUGGUAAAGAUACAAGUCUCUUGUAUUGCCAGUUAAAGCUGUUCUUCUCACGAGUUACAUUUGCGAAGCCCAAAAGUAGCCGCAACUCAAGUAUCGAGGCAUUUGCAGUUUGCGAGAAUUAUUCACCUCCUGAGGGGUUCAAAGAGAAAGACUUAUACCACCUGCUAGAGAAAGUGGGAACUCCGUCUGGGGCUGAUGAUCUAGAUUGCAGAAGUGGAUGGUUGGAGGGGCCAAACAAGGUCUACAUUCCGUUUCUAGCUUGCGGUGAUCUCAGCGGUUACGAUUCGGACCGUUCCUACCCUCUUCCCAGCACAGAAGGCGGCUCCUACCAGAGUCUGGACCCGGUCCAGCCUCCAAUCGCCCCACCUUACAAAACCGCGCUGGAGAUGAAGAAGGUGUCCAGCCAUGGUGCAGUUGCUGCUGAUAUCAGCAAAUCAUCUAUCGACUCCUGAACUACAAUCUUAGAUGCAGGUUGUCUGCUCAUGUGAUUGAUCACCAUUUGGAAACCCGCGUAUCAUCAAGCAUUGCUGGUCCAGAGAAGAGGCUCAAGUUUAAGCCAAACCUGGUUAUCAUGAUGAAUCUGAUCUAGAUGCAAAGGCAUCACCUUAUACCUCAACUCACCAUGUGAAAGACACGAUGCUCUUCUGAAUUCAUUAUAUUUGCAAUGCAGACUAAAAUGCCAAUAUUGAUAGUGUUGUGCUUGUGACUUUGCUUAGUUCUGCUGCGGCUCUGGGAAAUAAUACCUAUGUCCCAUGGGACUUUGCUUA